ACAUGUCUGUCAAACCAAACACGGAACUGUACGAGGAAGCGGCAGACAAAACAAGAAAUAGUGGCGUUACUAGGGGAUUAAAAACCAGCUCACGGAUGCGGCGGUACACUCACAAGAACAAUGUCAAAUAAGGAAGGUGGAGAGUGUAAAAAUGGGCGUCCUGUGGCAUCUCCAGAAAGAAUGGCCAGUGACAAAGGCACAGAAACUCAGAACCAGCAUGGGGUGGAGGCAGCGGGCAGCAACACAGACACCAGCAUGGCGGCAAAGAACUUGGCUCUGCUUAAAGCACAUUCUUUAGAUGUGAAAUUCGACGUAGGAGAAGAGUAUGAUAUUAUAGAAACCAUCGGCACCGGGGCCUACGGUGUUGUUUCUUCUGCCAGAAGAAGAGAUAAUGGCCAGCAGGUGGCGAUAAAGAAGAUCUCCAAUGCUUUCGAGGUGGUGACAAAUGCCAAACGCACCCUGAGAGAACUGAAGAUUCUCAAGCACUUCAAGCAUGACAACAUCAUCGCCAUCAAAGACAUUCUGCAGCCGAACCUUCCUCACUCUGCCUUCAAGUCUGUGUAUGUGGUGCUGGACCUCAUGGAGAGUGACCUGCACCAGAUCAUCCACUCUGCCCAGACGUUAACCCCCGAGCACACACGCUACUUCCUGUACCAGCUCCUCCGUGGCCUUAAGUAUGUGCACUCUGCCAACGUCAUCCACCGCGACCUCAAGCCCUCCAACCUGCUGGUGAACGAAAACUGUGAGCUGAAAAUCGGCGACUUCGGCAUGGCGAGGGGUCUCAGCUCGCACCCCGAGGAGUCUCACUCCUUUAUGACUGAAUAUGUGGCAACUCGAUGGUACCGCGCCCCUGAACUCCUGCUGUCGCUGAAUCACUACACCUCAGCCAUCGACUUGUGGUCUGUGGGUUGCAUCUUUGCUGAAAUGUUGGGGCGCAAGCAGCUUUUUCCCGGGAAGCACUACGUGCACCAGCUCCAGCUGAUUUUGAAUGUGUUAGGCACCCCUCCCGAGGGGCUCAUCUGUGCGAUUAGGGCUGAACGGGUGCGCUCCUAUGUUCAGAGUCUUCCAGCUCGCUCUGCUGUGCCUUUGGCAAAACUGUACCCACAAGCUGAGCCGGAGGCUUUGGACCUGCUGGCGGCCAUGUUGCGCUUUGACCCUCGGCUGCGGAUCAGUGUGACUGAAGCACUGGAGCACCCCUACCUUGCCAAAUACCACGACCAAGACGACGAGCCGAUCUGUGUGCCAGCGUUUGACUUUGAGUUUGACAAGCUUCCGAUGAACAAGGAGCAAAUUAAAGAGGCGAUUCUAAUGGAGAUUCAGGACUUUCACCGAAACAAACAGGGCUGCAGUCAGAAGCUGCAGUUUAGGCCCUUGGCGAGGGCGAACGGCGGAACUGCGGCACAGAGCGGCAGCCAGUGCGGCGUUCAGACUGCAAGUGCAAACCUGACCAAGUCGGCACUGGUCCCGCUGGCACAGCACCCUCCAGCAGCACAGAUACAGCAGCAGAUGAGAGAAGCAGAAGCUCAGCAGCAGCAAGACAACACACCAGCAGAGGGGAGCCAUGCCUUUACAAACCAGAUGCAAACAUUUAAUAAUAAGCCUGCAUCCAUUUUAGCAGUGGCUCCACCUCAUGUGACUCAUAACUUGCCUCACCUCACUAAAAGCGACAGUGGCCCAGUCGACGUGGACAUGCCCAGCGCCAACUCGGACAGCGGACAGCCAGAGACCAUAGAUCUGACAACACCUGUGUUUAGUCAGGACACUUCAUCAGAGACGAUGAGAGACGGCGAGGUACAGGAGCAGCUGGCCAGCACUCAAGCUUCUCUGGGUCAGAAUACCCAGAACCAGUCCAUGGCACAAGCAGCCACCACCAUCACUGUAACACCAGCGCAGGUCAUGACACCUCUGCCCACCGCCGUGCCUUCCCUUUCGCUGUCCGCGGCACAGGCCCAGUCGCUUUCUCAGACCCUUUCACAGUCACUGUCCAAGAAUCCUCAGCCCGCGCCGUGCACAGCAGAGGGGCCCAGAAAAGAAGGCGCCAUUUCCGAGGACACGAAAGCCGCUCUCAAAGCGGCUCUUUUGAAAUCGGCUCUCAGACAUCGAGCCAGAGCUGACGGAGGUGUCUCUGCUCUGGGCAUUGACACUGUUGCGGGAGGAGGUGUCCCGUCCUCCCUUUCUUCUGUUCCUGAAUCACGUCGGCCUGUCACAGCUCAGGAGCGUCAACGAGAACGAGAGGAGAAAAGAAGAAAGCGGCAGGAACGGGCCAGAGAGAGGGAGAGGAAACUGAAGGAAAAGGAGCGGAGAGAAGGAAAACAAGGAGACUCACUGGGAGGGGUCCUGCUGAGCGACAAUGAUAAAAGCCUUUUGCAACGCUGGACGAAAAUGAUCGGCGGCUGCAGUGAGAAAUGUCAGACUUCCAUUAACGACGGAGCAAAGCACAAGGACUGUAACGUGAACUCGCACAGAAGUGCGGCCGUCGGUGAAAACUCUCAAGGAGCACUGAACAACAACACAGACAAGGACGCGAGGAAGACUCAUCCUCAUGAACAGUUACUCUCUCAAGUUAAGCCGAACCAGCCGGGCGUGUUUCCGCCUCCAAGCACCCAGCAGCCAUCACUGCUUUUCUCCAUGAGCCAGAGGAAGCCUCCAGCGGACAUGGUCGUUGCUGUAAGCGGAGGGCUGGAUUUAAUGACCGUCACUAGUGGCUUCGUUAAAAACAACACACUAAAACCUCACAGCGAGAGCAACGGGCAGCCUGGCUUCACCUGCAUGGGGAACUGGAGCGGGCAGCAACUGGAGACCAGGCCGCCGCAGCAACCGCAACCAAACAGGACGCCGCAGCCUCCGCCGUCCAACUUCCUCCAGCCUCAGAGUCAAAUCCAGGCUGAUCCCCAGCCUCAGCCACAGCUGCUUCCUCUGGAGAGUUUUUUGUCCAAACCUCAGACGCUGAACACCAGAGAGACCAACGGGAACGUGGAGAUCAGAGAUCAGAACAACCUCAACUCUCACCCGAACCCGUUAACUGCAAGGGCCGGCCCAAUGGAGAAGCUCUGUCCGUCUGUAGGGGAAAAAGUCGGACCGCAGACCACUAACGCCCUCUGCGGGGCGUUGGGCGUUCCCUCUCAGUCCCAUCCCAGUUUAGGAUUCACAGAUACUGGACAGCAGGGGCCCUCCAUCGCCCCGGACAUUCAUACUGUAACGCUGCAGCUCUCCAAAUCCCAGGUCGAGGACGUUUUACCUCCCGUGUUCUCAGUCACCCCAAAGGGCAGUGGGGCGGGCUACGGCGUGGGCUUCGACCUGGAUGACCUCCUCAACCAGUCUCUCACGGACCUGCAACACUGUGACCGCGACAGCUUCGACUCGGCCCCUCUCUCAGCCUCCCUCUUAUCUGAUUGGAGUGAAGUUCACCGCAUGACUCCGGCGGAUCUCGAGUCAUUGCAGCAGGAGCUGCAGCUCGGCUCGCCCAUGAUUCUCUCGGAUACCAUUCCCCCCGACGCCUGACCUACGCUCUCCUGUAAGACGACGCUCUGAUUUGUGUACAUGUAUGUUUUUUUUUAAGACAAUACAAUCCACGAGAGAAGAUCCCCUUAUCCUGUUAAUUUAAAAGCUAGCUUUUUUAAUAGGCACUUACCACCAGUCUCUUUUUUUAAACCAUGACAUGCAGUGCUUUCAUAAUAAAGAGAAUUGUCAUCA